AUGACGAGCAUGUGCCGUGAUGCAUGUUGUGUAAACUGAAAGAAGACACCGCGGCAAAAUACUGAGCUUUUCAGUAAUAAAUACUAACCUUUUUAUUCUGCAUCAAAGAAAACUUUUGCAGUUAUGAAAUGUCACUAUGAAGUACUUGGAGUAUCACCAGAUUGUACAUCCGAUGAUUUAAAAAAAGCUUACAGAAAAUUGGCUUUAGAAUGGCAUCCUGAUAAAAACCUUCAUAGGCUUAGUGAAGCAACUGAAACAUUUCAACUUAUACAGCAAGCUUAUGAAACUCUUAUAGAUCCUCAAGAGAGAGCUUGGUAUGAUCGUCAUAAAGAAGAAAUCUUAAGAGGAGAUGCUGAAGAAGCUUAUAAGGAUGAUUCUUUAAAUGUUUACCAGUAUUUUAAUGCCAGUUGUUUUAAAGGUUACAAUGAUGAAGAAAAGGGAUUUUAUACUGUAUAUAGGCAAGUAUUUGAAAAAAUCGCUGCUGAAGAUAAACCAUUUCUAGAUUCUGACGAUGAACUUGAAGUGCCAAGUUUUGGAUAUUCAUAUAGUUCAUAUGAAGAGGUAGUCCAUAAUUUUUAUGCUUAUUGGCAAAGCUAUUGUACAGCCAAGUCUUACUCAUGGGUUGAUAAGUAUGACCUAACAGAGGCUCGAAAAUCGGGAGCUGGGCGACAAGUCAUUCGUUUAAUGGAAAAAGAUAAUAAGAAACUGAGAGAGCAAUUCAAGAAGGCUAGAAAUGAAGAAGUCCGAGCUCUAGUGGCUUUUGUUCGAAAAAGAGAUAAACGAGUUCAAGCUCAAAAGAAAAAAGAAGAAGAAAGAAAAAUAGAGAAAGCAAAGCGAGCUGAAGAAAUACGAAAGCAGCAGCUUUUAGAACGAAACAAGUCUUUGGAAAGUUAUAAAGAAUCUGAAUGGCUGUCAAAUUCAGAGUUAGAAAAUAAAUUCAAUGAACUUGAAACUGCAAUAGACGAAACAUUUGGUGAUAAUGCUACAAAUGAUGCAGAUGAAGAAGAGGAAGAGGAACCAGAUGCUUUGUAUUGUGUUGCUUGUGAAAAGGAUUUUAGAUCUGAAAAAGCAAUGAAAAAUCACGAGAAUUCGAAAAAGCACAAAGAAAAUGUAGCUCUUCUGAAAUAUUUAAUGGAAGAAGAAGAAGCAGGCUUGCAAAAUGAUGAGGAGAAUGCUGUUGAUGAAGAGAAUCCUCCAAUGACCGAUUCUGAUGCUGAAAAAACCAGUGAAGCAUUAUUAGAGGAAUUAGUUAGAAGUUCUUCUUCAAAAAGUAAAAAGAAGAAGAAGAAAAAUAAGAAUGUUUUGGCAGAAACAACAUUAAAUGAUGAUAUUGAAAAUAAAGAAGAAUUGAGUUCUAAGUUAGAAGAAGUAACCAUUGUAGAUCCACCUGAAGAAUCAAAUUGUACAAAUACCAAAGUGCCACCCAAAAAUGAUACAUCUAACAAGAAGGACAAGAAAAUCAAAGUUAAGAAAGAAAAAGUUCCUGAAACUCCUUCUGAAGAUAUUGAGGAAGAAAUCAAAGAAAAGCCUAAUACAAUUUGUGAAAAAUGCAAUAGAAACUUCUUGUCAAGAAAUAAGUUGUUUGAGCAUCUAAAGGAAAGUGGGCAUGCUGUGUAUAAAAAUGAAAAUCCUAAACAGAAUGUGUCUAAUGGCUCAACAAAGAAACGAAAAAAGAAAAAGUUAUAACUGUAACUUUAUUUUAGCUUGUAAUAUAAUUUAUUGUAUAAAGUAAUGGUAUUUGUUUAUCUGUUUUUAUUGGAAUGUUGACACAUACACAAUUGA